GUUGUUUCGUGUUUGUGAGGCGACAAGCGCGCACUUUACUCCCGAGCUAGCUAGCAGAUAAACCACAAUGACCUCUUCGAAGGAAAUUAAACAGCUGCAAAAGGCUAAAAGCAGGGCCCAGGCUAACAACAAGCUGAAGGAGGAAGCUAACAUCUGCAACCAGCUAGGAGAGCUGCUGUCCAGGACUGGUGAUUACGACGCAGCCAUCAGGGAGCACCAGCAGGAGCUGGCUCUCUCCGAGGUCCUGGGCGAUGUGAUUGGACGGGCUGUGGCUAAUCGUAAAAUAGGGGAGUGCUAUGCAGAGAUGGGAGACAUCGAGUCUGCUUUAAAACAUCAGCGCUGUCACCUGGACUUGGCUCGUUCUGUCAAAGAUGACGCUGAAGAGCAAAGAGCUCUGGCCACCAUCGGUCGAACCUACCUCUUUCGUUACGAAUCCGACCAAUCAAAGGACAGUUUAAAGCAAGCAGAGGAGGCUUUCAGGAAGAGCUUGGCCAUUGUGGAUGAGCGUCUGGGUGGGACUGUGUCUGAGCAAGAGAUCCGGGAGAUGAAGGCUCGACUUUUCCUCAAUCUCGGGCUGGUCUACGAUCAUCUAGGGGAACCCAAACGCUGCAGCGAGUUCAUCAGACGCAGCGUUUUUAUCGCUGAAAAGAGCCAGCUGCUAGAGGAUCUCUACCGUGCAAACUUUAACUUGGGCAACAUCUACUUCCGCAAUGGAGAGCACUCGAAUUCUGUCCGCUGCCUGGAGCAGGCCAAAGAGUGCGCCAGGAAGAUGAAAGACAAGUUCUGUGAAAGUGAAUGUUUUCACUGCAUCGGCAAAGUGCAGCUGUCUCUGGGGGAUUUUGUAGCGGCCAGGCGAUCUCUAAAAAAGGUUCUCCUGAUGGGUUCCCAGCAGCCAUCCGACAGACUGGCAGUGAAGAGAGCUUUCAAACAUGCCGACCAGGGCUGUAAACUAGAGGAAGAGUUGGGGGAAGAUCAGGGUAAAAGUGCCAGCGCCCACCGGGCUGUGGAGCUCUUGGAGCAUCUGGGGGACCUCUGCUGUAAAGUCGGCUGCUACAGCAAAGCUCUGGAUGCCUAUCAGGCUCAGCUGGAGAGAGCUGAAACGAUAGGGAAGCCUGCGCGGGAGCUGGCGGUCAUCCACGUUUCUCUGGCUGCGACCUACACUGACCUGAGACAACACGGCAAGGCUGUGGAGCACUACAGGAAGGAGCUGGCUUUACGGCAGGGCAGCUCUGCUGAGGAGUGCAGCACGUGGCUGAACAUCGCAGCAGCUCAGGAGGAGAGUGGCUGUCGCUCUCAGGACAUAGAAAGCAGCUACAGUACAGCUGUUCGCUGUGCAGAGGCGUCUGGGGAGGCCAAACUGCAGAAACGAGCGCUGAGACUCUGGCUGGCGUCCCAGAGACGCAGCGGCUCGUCGAGUGCCGACGACGCCGAGGCGAGGCUGCUGGCGCUGUGUGCCGCCGAGGGCUGGGAUCCAGAGGGGAGUGACGGGGAGGAAGAUGAAGAUGAGGAGAUGGACAACAGUGAAACUCUGGACGACAGUGAUGUCGUUCUCUCAGACUCAGAUGAUGAUUUAGAGGGUUACGAUAAGUUGGUGUCAGGAAGAAGAAAGACUGGAAGGUGGAACAAACGGAACGAGAAGGGGGAGACGUCGCUCCACAGAGCCUGCAUCGAUGGAAACAUGACACAAGUCCAGUAUCUGGUAGAACAGGGUCAUCCAGUGAACCCCAGGGACUACUGCGGCUGGACUCCCCUCCAUGAGGCCUGCAACCACGGUCACCAUGAUGUGGUCGCCUUGCUGCUGGAGCACGGCGCUAACGUCAACGACCCCGGUGGCCCCCUGUGUGAGGGGGUGACCCCCCUGCAUGACGCCCUCGCGUGUGGCAAUUUGAAGGUUGCAAGACUGUUGGUGGAGCGGGGGGCUUCUGUCACACUACGCAACUCCAAGGGUGAGACGCCCAUGGACACCCUGCGUCAGUGGCAGAGGACGUACAGCAGAGAGCUGGACGAGGACACCAGACAGGAGUGUGUUAUCACGGAGAAGCUGCUGAGGAGGGCUCUAGCAGGAGGAGUUCCUGCUGCUCCAGCCCCAGCCAAGCCUUUCGAUGCCCUGCAGGACAGCCAGCUGUUUGACGCCGAGAACUCAGAGACGCUGUCGGCCACCCGAGGGAGCUGUUCCUUCAGCCAAGAGAAAUCCCCCAGCCCCAAACGCUGGGAUAGAAACGUCUCCUCACAGAGGCACAGAGCUAGAGGAGCGUCAGCUGCUGUUCUGUACGGGACUAACAGCAGCUCAGAUGAGAGUGACUCUGACCCGCCGGUCAGUCCUCUUCAUCCUGUCCGUCCUCGACGUGCUUUCCCAUCAGCCCCGAGUCAAAGGGACAUUCCCCAAACCAAGGAACCUGCUGCAGCCCCCAGCUCGAGCCGAGAAAGCACCCGGGAGCCCCCCUCAACUUCUGUGUUCGUACGAGACGAGUACCACGAUGCCAUUCGCAGCUUAGGCAGCGCCAAGUCCCGUCUCCAGGGUUCCUCCCAGCCCCAGUUCUCCAGCACCCCUGCUGCUUCAGCCAGCAGCAACUCUGCUCUGGUUCCAGAGGACCAGUAUCUGGCUGACGACUGGUUGGACGAUGAUUUGGGGGAGAUGCAGCCGAAGAAAAAGAGGAGUCGAGUUGAAAAUAAUAAAUGCCAGGGGGAGGAGACUGCUUCACGUUUUGCUGCAAGAAGUCAAAACAAGCAGUUCAGCACAGACACGUCCUGCAGAGGGUCUGCAGUGAGCUGUACGGCCUCGUUCAGUGGGAGUUUCUCUCAGAGGAAGAACGGCUCUCUGAAGCCUCAUCAGGUGAAAAUCACUCAGGCGCCAGGCAUGGUGAGGUUAGGGAGGCGAGAGGUCAGCAGGUCACACAGUCCCACCGUUACAGAUGACGACGACACGAGGCCUGAUGCGCCUCCGCAGAGACACUUUCAGCCUUCAGCUCAGGCUCCAGUUGCUCCCAUGCCGUCGUCUCUUCCUGCACCGAUCAGGAUAAGAGUCAGAGUGCAGGAAGAUGUGUUCCUCAUCCCGGUUCCACAGAGUGAGGCGGACUCGUGCACGGUGUCAUGGCUGUGUGAGCAGGCAGCUCAGCGUUACUACCAGAAGUGUGGCCUCCUGCCUCGUCUCUCGCUGCAGAAGGAAGGAGCUCUGCUGUCUCCGCAGGACCUGCUGCUGUCUGUGCUGCACACCAAUGAAGAGGUUCUGGCUGAAGUUUGCUCCUGGGAUCUGCCCCCUCUCCCUGAGCGCUACAAGAAGGCGUGUCAGAGUCUGGCUGUGGACGAGAACAAGCGUGUCACCCGGCUGUGCGAGGUCCAGGACGGGAGCUCGUCUGUGGCGGUGUGCAGCCUCAGUUUGGCCCCCUCCUCCCUCAACCCGCUCCUCCGCGCCCUCAAACUUCAGGCCAACCUCACCGAGCUGCGCGUCUCCGGCAACCGGCUCCCAGAUGACCUUUUCCCUGAGCUGGUCGCCACGGCGAUCACCAUGCCUAGACUUCGGCUGCUGGAUGUUUCUGCCAACUCCAUCACGGGGGACGGUCUGGAGAAGGCUGUGGAUGCUCUAAAGGGACAGAGACGUCCAUUCCCGUGCUUGGAGGAGCUGGACAUCAGUAUGAACCCUCUGGGGGACGCCGUCUCCGAGUCUCUGUCCUGUCUGCUGUCCUGCUGUCCUCUGCUGUCCAAGCUGUCCCUGCAGGCCUGUGGGCUCACGGCUCGGUUCCUUCAGCAGCAUCGCCUGCUGCUUGCCAACGCUCUGACAGGACUGGACCACCUGAAAUCAGUGUCCCUAUCCCACAAUGCACUGGGCUCCACUGGUUUUGAGCUGGUCUUGAAAACCCUGCCCCUCCACGCUCUCACGCACCUGGACCUGUCCGCCGUACGGAGGGGUCCUGUUGAUCAGCUGGCGCUGGAACACCUCACCAAAGUCUUGUCGCAGGAGGAGUGUUCUUUGGUGCACCUGAGUCUGGCAGCAAACGGACUGACGGACAGCAGCGUCACCGUCUUGUCCAGGUGCCUGCCUUUCUGUUCGACUCUGGUGAGUCUGGACCUGUCAGGAAACCCGUCUGUGACCUCGGUGGGACUCCAAAGCAUCUUGAUGUCCGUGAGAGAAGCUUCCCGAUCGCUGACUCUUCUAAACUUUCAGGGUUGUCAGGUGUCAGGCCCUUGGGACCAUGGAGCACUGGACGGUUUGUCAGAGCUGGUCAAGGACCUCCGUCUUUGCUCACAGAGCCUGAACAAAGUGGACCGAGACGCCUUGAAGCAGAGCUGGGACACGAGUCCCUCAGACGGACACUUCCUGAACCAAAAGGCCAAGUUCCUGCUCUGCUCUGCCGCCUCCUCGUGA